GCCAUAAAUAUAUAUACUCCCAUAGCCUAUGGAGCAAGCAGUUUUAUAUUUCAUCAUGAAAAGUCUCCUUCUUCUACGUUUUUAUUUAUUUAUUAGAAUGUGUAGUUUAUGCAAUCAAUAUUACUAUAUUGUUUAAGGCAAGCCCUCGGCUGGAAAUCUAUUUAUUAAUAUGGUGGGUUGCAAUUCCAUUCCCAAUCUCCCAUCGAGUUCAUCAGGAUCGGAGCAGAAAGUAUUUCCCCACCUUAAAUUGUUACCAAAUUCGCAUUAGAUCCCAAGCUCUGACCACUACUCGAUCAGCUCGAUCUUACAAUGGUUCUGUUUGAUUUCAAAUCAGACAAGCACUUCGUUGCUUCCUCCGACAAAACUACUAUUCAUGUAUACGAGCUGACCAACCCUACCAUCCAUCCUUCCCGCAUCAGAAAGACUCACUGGAGGGAAGUCGCCAACAUCACUCCUGCUCCUGAUCAUCAGGAUGGCGGUGACGACGAUGAGGACCAAACCGAUCCCGACGAAGACGAUGCAGCAGCAGGCGAGGAGGAGGAGGAGUCCUACAACGGGCUGAUGUUCUUCGAUGGUCACGGGAAGAUCGAGGGAUAUGCGGCGUUGACCAAGCUAGCCCAACAUCUCACUCGCUUGCGAUUGAUAGUGAGCCCCCAAGGGCAAGGUUUUCAAGAUGUUGUCGAAUUGGGAGAACACAAAGAGUUUGGGAUUCACUAUCUACGAUUAAAUGAUCUCUUCAACUGGCCGGAUCAUGGGGUCAACAUGGCGAGCGUGACCACCUGGCCACGCCUCGUGUUAAAGUACACCAUAACAAAACGGGAGAAGCGACCUAUGCUAGAUGGAGGGGUGAGCAAGGAGAAGUACGAGGAGUUGAAAAAAACGGUGAGCCAAAAAGACAAGGAGUUAGGAAAGCUGAAAGAGGAGAUGGAGGAACAAGAUAGGGAGAUACAAACAUUAAAAGAAGAAAGAGAGGAUGCAAGUGAACGACAGGAGGCAGAACUGCGAGAGUUGGAAGAGGAAAAAGACGAGGUGCUGAGAAAGUUGUUGAAGAAGAAAGAUGACGAGUUACAAAUGUUGAAAAGGAGGAAGGACAAGGAGAUACAAAUGUUAGAGGAAGAGAAAGAGAAUGCAAGUGAGCAGCAGGAGGCCGAACUGCGAGAGUUGGAAAAGAAAAAGAACGAGGAACUGAGAGACCUGAUGAAGAGGAAGGAUGACGAGUUACAAAAGCUAGAAACGAGGAUGAAUGAUGAAUUGAAGAUUUUGAAAAGGGAAAAGGAUGAUGGAGCAAAGCUGAGCAAAGAGAAAGAUGAUGAAUUAAAAACAAUGAGGGAUGAAGUGGAGAAUCUUAGAAAGGCUAAUAAGGGAGACGAGGCAGCAGCAGCUGCAAAGAAAGGGAAAAUACUUGUUAGUAGCGAUGAAUGGCACAAGUUGAAGAAGGACGAGGCGGAGAUGAGGCAAGAGGUAAUGAAGAACGACGAAGAGAUGAAAAGAAGGCUGAAAAAGGAGAAAGAAGAUAACGAAGCAUUGCAAAAGUUGAUGAACAAGAAGGACGCGGAAUCCGAAAAGCUAAGGAAAGAGAAGGAAGAAGCGAUGCAAGCGUACGCAACUGAAACGCGAAAGCUCAGAGACCAAUUAUCACAAGUUCAAGAGGUGGAGCGACGUCGUACUCAAUCGUGGGCGCUUACCGGUGCGACACGAUUCCUCGGUGAAUACGUAGUCGACGUGCGCUCGAGACGGCCGGUGAGCCAGGACACAUGGCACAAUCUUAGAAUCGAGGCACCACGUGACCAUUAUUAUAUUUACGAGCCAAGUACCAACCCGAGCUCCUCGCGUUUCCCGAUGAGAAAUUGGCUUGUGGUGGAUGAAGAAUCCAAAGAUUGGCCGUCUCCUCCCAAGGUCGGUGUACACUGUCAGCCAGCUGGCCAAUUCGACAAAGCUAAUUGGUGGUUUGUGAAGUCAUUCCACCCAGAUGGUCGUUUGGCGAUGGUGGCUUAUUACGACGGCAGCCAGACUUCUUAUGUCGACCCCAACUAUCUUUACCCUGUCCGACUUCCCUUUCCAAGGAACUCUAAGGUUUACACAACUAUACCGUUCUUCCUGGUUCCAGCGAAUGGAGGAAACAUGCUUGCUUUCAUGUACCGAGACUAGGUAGCUAGGUUGGUGGAAGGCUGGCUGGUUUCCUUUUUGUUUCAACUUUUCCUUUUAGUAUUUGAUUUGGUGUGUGACAGUAUGGAUAUAUUUAGUAUCAGUUUUGAAUUGAACGGAUUACAACUAAAGCCAUACUCUUAUUGCUAGGGCUGUUAAUCGGUUAGCGGUUACUCGGUUGGACCGAAAACCGAACCGAAAAUGUCGGUUUUAUAGUUAACCGAAAACCGAAAUAUUAAUGCGGUUUGCGGUUGCGGUUGGUCAAUUCCUGGCGAAGGAGGCAAAAUUCGGUUGGCGGUCAUAACUAUAGGUGUCAAUCGGGCGGGUUCGGGCUGGGUUCAAACGGGUUGCGGGUUAGUCGGGUUGCGGGUUCAUCGGGUUCGGGUUCAAACGGGUUGAGGGUUAGUCGGGUUGCGGGUUCAUCGGGUUCGGAUUCAAUCGGGUUGCGGGCGGGUCGGGUUGUUCGGGCCAGCGCAACAAGUAACUUAACUCAUUACUCAUUACCAACUUACACAUUUUAUUACACUAAUUUAAAAUAUUUUCUCAACUUUUUAACCAAUUUAUUUCUACCUCGUAUAUAUAUACUUUAUUUUUUUGAAAAAAACUAGUCAAAAUGU